AUGGAAGAAGACAUCAUUGAACUUGGUAAAGAAGGAAAAAUAAGCAGUGAAUAUGGAAAAGAAGAGAAAGAGCAUCAGGAAGAAGAAACUAACACUUGCAACACAGAAAACAUAAGAGUGGAGAAGACAAAAGAGGGCCUCUAUAAUAUCGUCAUUAGCGAUGUUAUUGAGAGAGAGCUUUGGAAACCAUGGUGGAAUACUUUAAUAGUGAAGUUGAUGGAUAGAAGGGUGGGAUAUGCUGCUAUCAAAAGAAGGUUAGAGACCAUGUGGAGCAAAAAAGGGACUGUAGACGUUAUCGACUUAAGUAACGAUUUUUAUCUAGUCAAAUUCUAUGCUAGUGAGGAUUUUGACUUUGCCUUCAUAGAGGGGCCUUGGAAGGUUUAUGACCACUACCUAACUGUCAGACUGUGGGAGCCAAAUUUUAAUCCACUAAGAGCUACAAUUGAUAAAAUCACAGCAUGGAUGAGGUUCUCGGGUUUGCCAAUUGAUAUUUAUGAUAGAACCAUAUUGAGGAGAAUAGGUAAUCUUAUUGGAAGAACGGUGAAGGUUGACAAUAACACAGCCAAUCUGUGUAGAGAAAAAUUCACCCGACUAUGUGUAAAGGUAGAUCUCACCAAACCUUUGAUGGAAAAGUAUUUAAUUAAUGGAGAAGAGUACCAUGUGGAGUAUGAAGAAAUCCACUAA